CUGAGAUUGAAUGUUUGGAAGGCUUUUUGAACCGACGCAAACGAGGUCACCCGGUCUUCUCGACUCGCGCAACCCCAUCCUCCCCCGCCAAUUGCUCUUCUUCUUCCUUGCUUCUGUCUCCUUCCUUCAUCAUCACAUGCGAUGAUGCUGUCGCGAACCUCCUUCGGCCGGCAAGCCGUACAGGCUUUCCGAAAACAAUGCCUGUCCACUUCUCAACGGGGCAUGGCCUCCGCAGCAGCUCCAAAGGGCUACGACUACGAAACCACUGAAGCCGCUGGCGUGAAGCUCGCUUGCCGGGACUUCCCAGCCCCGACCACAACAUUGACCGUCGUCGCCAAAGCCGGCUCGAGAUACCAGCCAUUGCCUGGAUACUCCGAUGCGUUGGCCAACUUUGCGUUCAAGUCAACGACGAAAAGAUCGGCGCUACGGAUCACCCGAGAAUCCGAAUUGCUUGGAGGGCAGUUCUCGGCUUACCACUCGAGAGAGAACGUGGUCCUCACGACGAAAUUUCUGAGCGCUGACCUUCCCUACUAUGCCGAAUUGCUGGCGGAAGUCCUCUCAAAUGCGAAAUAUUCAGCCUAUGAACUCAGCGAAGUUGUCGUUGAUCACGUCAAGCUUUCCCAGCAAGAAUUGGUCGCCAACCCUUCGCUCCAAGCCCUCGAUGCUGUUCACAACGUUGCCUUCCACCGCGGACUCGGAAACCCACUGAUCCCGUCUCCUUCGGCUCCUCUGAAUGUUGAUGCCGACGGUGUUGCCGCUUUCAGCAAGAACGUAUACACCAAGGCCACUACUGCUGUUAUUUCAAACGGCGCCAAUGCAAGCGAAGUCUCAAAAUGGGUCGGCCAAUUCUUCUCCGGUGUUCCCGCUUCCCCCGCAUCCGGCGCCGUCGCUAGCGAAGCCAGCAAAUAUUUCGGAGGCGAGCAGCGCAUCGCCAGCCAAGCCGGAAACGCUAUGGUUAUCGCUUUCCCUGGAUCCAGCUCUUUCGGCACCAACGGCUACAAGCCCGAAUUCAACGUCUUGGCUGCCCUUCUUGGAGGUCAAUCCACCAUUAAGUGGUCCACUGGCUCCUCUCUCCUCUCCAAGGCUGUCGAGGGGGUCUCUGGUGUCUCUGUGUCUGCCAAGCAGGCCACCUACUCCGAUGCUGGGCUUUUCCAUAUUACUAUCUCUGGUCAGGCUGAGUCCGUUGCCCAAGCCAGCAAGAGCGUCGUGGAGACCAUCAAGAAAGUUGCUUCUGGCAACAUUGCGAGCGAAGAUAUCAAGAAGGCGAUCGCAUUGGCUAGAUUCCGUGCCCUUGAAUGUGGACAGAACCUCACAUCCGGUGUGGAGCUUACCGGCUCUGCUCUCGUCCAUGGCAGCCAGCCAUUCCAGAUUGCUGGGGUCGGCCAGAGCAUCGAGAAAGUUACUGAGCAGCAAGUUAAGGAGGCCGCUAAGUCUCUUUUGGCAGGCAAAGCCUCCGUUGCCAGCGUCGGCGACCUCUUCCGCAUCCCCUAUGCCUCUGAGCUCGGUCUAACUGUGUAAAUAUAUAAAGCCAUCAAAUAUCUAACAUACCCGAAGCUAAACUCAUUUCUGUUUCCUCCUUCGUUUUCAAAAUCUCCUACAUUAAAAGCAAACACCAAAAAAAAAAAAAAAAAUAAGACAAAAUAUUUGUUGGAAGGGCGCAUAGAGCCGUUUCCAUACACUCGUCACCCUGACCAGCUGUUUUCCUUUAGAAUCAUUCCCUGUGCCUGUCCAGCGUCUACUUCGAAGGCUUUUUCAUUUAUUUGGUGGCAUCUCUUUUCCUUUUGGGCUAUCUAUGAAAGGGGGACGAGAAAACGUAGCGAGUUUAAGUAGAAGGGGGGACCAAGGGGAG